UGAUCACUAUUAUUCAUUCGUUGAUUAUACGUUGCAUGUAAGGCAAUCUCACUGAAGAUUCUGUAUUAGAACAAGCAAAUUGCUAAAAAAAUAUGACACAAAAUUCCAUAGAUCAAUCGAAAGAUUGGUUAAUCAGUCUGGCAAAAAAUCUCAACUAUCGUGUCGCUCAAGAAAAUGGUCAACGUAUUUUCGGUCCGCCAUUAGAUUGGAAUGAAGAAUCGGUAAUAUCGGAAAAAGGUACCGAAGUUUUUAUCGGUAGAAUUCCAAGCGAUUGCUUUGAAAAUGAAUUGAUUCCGUUGUUUGAAAAGCCAGGCCGUAUUUAUAAGAUGAGAUUGAUGAUUGAUUUUUCGAGAAAAAAUCGUGGUUACGGAUUUGUUCAAUAUUUUAAUAAAGAAGAUGCACAACGAGCUGUAAAAAUGCUGAAUCGCUUUGAAAUUCGUAAACGAUGGCCAAUCGGUGUCAUGCUUUCGCGAAACAACAAUCGUUUGUUCUUUGGUAAUCUUCCCAAUAACAUAACCAAACAAGAAAUGAUUGAUGAAGUUGCCAAACAUACUUCUGGGAUUAUUAAUGCUAUCUAUUAUGGUGGUCCUACUCGAACAAACGGAUUUGGUUUUGUCGAAUAUGAGAAUCAUAAAAUGACCGCUUUGGCUCGACGAAAAUUUUUUCCUGGUUCCAUUCUAUUAUUUGAUCGUCAACCAAAAGUUGAUUGGGCCAAAUCUGAAGAGGAAUUUGAAGAUGAUUUUGUUUCAAAUAAUACAGUCCUUUAUGUACGUUUCAUUAAACUGGAUGUAACAGAAAAAGAACUCAAGGAAUUUUUCUCACUCAUUCACGAUGGCCAAACUUUACUCAAUGUAAAUCGUGUCAAAAAGAUUAGAAAUUUCGCCUUUAUCCAUUACGAAAGUCAUAAAGACGCUCAAAUGGCUCAUGACUAUUUUCAGAAAAUUGAUCUAGGACAAACAAUUUUAAACGAUAUCGAUCAAGAAUUGGAGAUUAAAUGGGCUAAAAAUAAAUCAAUCCAUUCUCUAUCAGUAUCAUCAAUCAAUUGUAUGCGAUCAUCGAAAACCAAAGAACACUCGUCACAAACACCAAGAAAUUAUCACGAAUCUUAUCGAAAAAGUUUUGAUGAAUUUCAUAAUUAUCAUGGAAAUGGUGAUAGACGACAUUUUUUAAACUGUAAUGGUGAUUCAACUUCAAUCAAC